GCGGAGCGGAGCCCGCUCGGGACGCGCUCCCGCAGCGGCGGCUGGGACGGGGGCGGCCGGUGCUACCACAGCGGCGGCCCCAUGUUUUCCCCCAGCGAGGAGGAACUGUGCGCGCUGAACAAGGAGCCCGUCAAGUAUGGGGAGCUGGUGGUGCUGGGGUACAAUGGAUCCCUCCCUAAUGGUGACAGGGGGCGCAGGAAAAGCAGAUUUGCCCUUUAUAAACGAUCUAGAGCAAGUGGAGUUAAACCCAGCACUGUCCAUGUCAUCUCUACUCCUCAAACAUCUAAGCUUCAUUUCAGCUGCAUGAGUCCAGAAUUCCAGAAGAGGCAAUUAAAGAGAUCAGAUGUUACAGAGAAGGCAAUCAGCUCAAAAGGCCACCACAGCAUCUCUUACACAUUAUCCAGAAGCCAGACAGUUGUAGUGGAAUAUAUUCAUGACCGAGAUACAGACAUGUUUCAGGUUGGGAGAUCUACAGAAAGUCCCAUAGACUUUGUAGUAACAGACACUAUUUCAGGAAAUCAAAACAGUGAUGAAACCCAGAUUACCCAGAGCACCAUCUCCCGAUUUGCCUGCAGGAUUGUUUGUGACAGGAACCCACCAUACACAGCAAGGAUCUUUGCAGCUGGCUUUGACUCAUCUAAAAAUAUAUUUCUUGGUGAAAAAGCAGCCAAGUGGAAAAACCCUGAUGGCCACAUGGAUGGAUUGACAACCAACGGGGUGCUGGUGAUGCACCCCAAGGGAGGCUUCACGGAGGAGUCCAAGCCCGGGGUGUGGCGGGAGAUCUCCGUCUGUGGGGACGUCUACACGCUCCGGGAGACCAGGUCUGCUCAGCACAGGGGCAAACUGGUAGAAAACGAGACCAACAUCCUGCAGGACGGCUCCCUGAUCGACCUGUGCGGGGCCACGCUGCUGUGGAGGACGGCGGACGGGCUGCUGCGCUCGCCGACGCAGAAACACAUCGAGGCGCUGCGGCAGGAGAUCAACGCCGCGCGGCCCCAGUGCCCCGUGGGCUUCAACACCCUGGCCUUCCCCAGCAUGACCCGCAAGGACGUGGUGAAGAAGAAGGACGUGGAGGAGAAGCAGCCUUGGGCCUACCUCAGCUGCGGCCACGUGCACGGCUACCACAACUGGGGCCACCGCAGCGACACGGAAGCCAACGAGCGCGAGUGCCCCAUGUGCAGAACCGUGGGCCCCUACGUGCCUCUGUGGCUGGGCUGCGAGGCCGGCUUCUACGUGGACGCCGGGCCCCCCACGCACGCUUUCACCCCCUGUGGGCACGUGUGCUCCGAGAAGACUGCCAAGUACUGGUCGCAGAUCCCGCUGCCCCACGGGACUCACGCCUUCCACGCCGCCUGCCCCUUCUGCGCCACGCAGCUCUCGGGCGGCAACAACUGCGUCAAGCUCAUCUUUCAGGGCCCCAUCGACUGAGGAACAGCACGGCAAUGACCACAAUAAUAAAAGUUGUCUUGAACGGUUUACUGUGAAGGUUUUUUGCCACUAACUCUAGAUUUUACCCCUUUUUUUUAUAAUGUUGUUAAUAACGGGGUGGGAGGGCGGGGAUGGGGGAAGCGAUGAGGAGAUGGAGGGACUGUGGUGGAUUUGGGAUACAUUGAUACCUGGAACUUGACAGAUAUCAGUGGUGUUGCAUGCUCGAAAGCAGCAUAUUCAUGGAGUCUCCUUGGUCCAAUUGUAGUAUAUUUGUAAUCUUUUUAUUAGUACCCUGGAUCAGAAAAAGGUGUCUUAAAUGAUUUUUUUAAGGUAAGAUUUUUUAAUGGAAAGGUUUUUUCUUCUAAACUUUGACAAGCCUUUAAAACCUAUUUUUCAAAUCUAGAAGGAACGUACAGAAUGUAACUGUCUUUAAUUUGCAAUAUAAUUUAACUUGAAUAGUUUCUCAAGGAGCAAAUACAGAAUGUGUGGACAACCACAGGUGAAUGUUCACUAGAGAUAAUUGGAUAUGUAAGAGAAAAAAUUAGCUGCCUAAAGUGUAGAGGAUAAGAGCUAUUAAAAUAUCUGUUAUGGUAUAACACAGCUGGCCAAAAAGGCAUCAAAGAUUACUUGAAACUGAGGAAAUCCUGUUUGCAUUGAUUUCCUUUCAGUGUAGUAGAUAUCCACUGGCUAUUAGGUAUGGGAGAUGGCUGAUUAUUUUCUGGGGUUUUUCUCCAUUUAACCCGCAUCCAUUUCCAUUUAACCAUGGGGAAACCACUUUGCUCUUUCCCAUACUUAGCUCUGGGUUUAAGCUGAUGUUCUGUGUGUGUGUAGUGUGGCCUUUUUAUUUCUGCUUUGCUUGCCCUCAGUGCUCCUUACCCAGGCCCUUUGGGUGACUGGAGGCCACAGAUUCCCAAAAUGGUUUGGGUUGUCAGGGACCUUAAAGCUCUUCAGUUUCCCUCCCUGCCAUGCCAGGGACACCUUCCCCUGUCCCAGGUUGCUCCAUCCUUGCCUUGAGCACUUCCAGGGAUCCAGGGGCAGCCACAGCUUCCCUGGGCACCCUGGUGGAGUCCAGGCUUUGCUGCAGUGAUGAAGGGGUGGUGCCACAGCACACAUGAGGUUUAGGUACAGCUGGUACAGAAUUUGUCUCCAUAAACCUGAAUUCAGGAAAGCACUUAGUCUGUCCUUAAAUCUGCGCCCAUGGCUGGGACUGUUUAGAUUCUCAAGAGCUUCAGUGUAUUGAGGUUGUUUGCUGUUAUGUUUUGAAAUUAAAAAAAAAGGCAAUUUAAAAUAAGUUAUUUUUUAAGCUCACUUUAAAGCAUUUUCACUAGAAGGGAGAGCAUCAUUUCCAGUUCAGCUGAGCAAUUUUGUUCACUUUUCAACUUGCUGCCAUCUUUCACCUUUUCUUUUGCAGAUUGAGUUGUGUUUGUAUCUCUUUUUCCCCCCAAAUGUUUGCAAAUCAAACAACAUUCAAAUGUAAUCAAAUAUAUGCACCAGGGUGGUACAUCUGAAGUGGAUCACUUGAAAUUCGUGACUUUUUAAGAGAGCUGAUAAAUGUUUACUAUGGAAAUAAUUAAAUCAGAAUUUCAUAUGAGAUGUACCCUGCCCACUGUUAGGCUCAUUUCAUGCAGAAUGAUAACUCUUUGAUUUGUGUCUUUUUUUUUUUUCUUUAUGCUUUCUGUACUCUUGGUAUCUGAGGUAUCAAUCUAUCCAGGUUUAAAAAAAUUUGGGAGAAAUCUAUAACAUCUCUAGAUGAAAUUGAUCAUUCAAGCUCAGUUCUGUUUAAUCAACUAUAGCUUUUUGCUAUAUUUGUGCCCUUUGUAUAAAUAAAUAAUUUAUAUGAUUUUAAUAUAUUCUGUAUAUAUAUACUUGAAUUGGCCUGUUCAUAUUUUGGUUGUAAAAUUGUUUUAUAGUUAACCUUAUAAACAUUUUACAUGUCCCUUGCCAAUGGUGAUGGGAUGGAUUUUGUCUGCUGCUGUUUUUAGUAUAAUUUUGCUGUAUACAUGUUCAGCAUUUUAAUAAUUUGAAAGUAGCUUUUCAUGCUUUUGCUGUUAAAAAAAUACAACUGCAGCAUUUUUUUUUCUAAAACCCCCAAACUGUACAGUUUUUGUCCCACUCAGUGAUUUGAAACAGGAUAAACCUUGUUAACCUACAACUAUAUGCUUCUUCCUAGUGCCUUUUCAAAGAGAUCCUCUUGUGAUUCCAUUUUCCAAGUCCUCACUCCCAGCCUUGUGGCUCAUCUCCACGGAGAGCAGCAGCCCAGCCAGGCGGGGGAGAGAUCAGGACACAGAGGUGCCUCUUGCUCAGCCCUGAGCCCCUGCAGGUUCCUCAGGUGCCGCAGUCAUUCCUGGUUAGCAGAUACCUCAUCUGGGAGAGGCAGCCUGGCUCCCCCCUCCCUGCUGGACCCACAGCCCGGAGAUGAGAGCUGGGCUCAGGCCUGCAGCUCCCGCUGGGUGUGUGUGUGUGUGUGCAGCAUUCCCAGCUCUGCUGGCAGCCCCAGGCUGGGCUCAGCAGGGUCUGCACGUGGGCUUGUCUCCUCGGAGCCCCCACAGACUGGAAACACCCAGGCAGCACCUCCCUCCCCCAGCUGCUGCACUCCUUCCCUUCACCGUGCAGUUUAAUUGCUGCUUCAGGGCUUCGUCUCCCUUCUGUUCCCUCUGGAAAGUGAAUGUACGUCUUGGAAGAAUCCUCCCUGGAAACUCAGCACACCAUCAGGCUUGCUGUGUUUGGCUUGUGUGAAGCAGAACACUGGAUGAUGGUUUGUAUCCAAGGGAAGUGUCUGUUUGAAACUGUUUAAACAAGAUUUUUUUUUUCCCCUUUUGCUGUUGGCAGUUCUGUAUAACACAAGGAAAACUCAGAAUCCCAGAACGGGCAAGGCUGAAAGCGACCACAGGGACUCAUCUGGUCCCAGCUCUGCUCAAGAAGGGCCAUCCUGGAGCACAUGGCACAGGAACAUCUCCAGUGAGGGAGGCUCCACACCCUCUCUGCUGUGUGUUGAGGGCUCAGUCACUGCACAGGGAAGUUCUUCCUCAUGUUCAGGUGGAAUUUGGGGGCAUCAGUUCCUGCUCGUUCCUCUUGUCCCCAGAGCAGGGCCUGGUCCAUCCUCUUGGCACCCCCUUUAGAUGUUUAUACACAUUGAUGAGGUCCCCUCUAGUGUCUCUUCUUGGGGCUGAACGUUCCCAGUCCUUCAGCCUUUCCUCCUGAGAGAGGCUCCACUCCCACCAUCCUCAUGGGAGGAUUUUCCCUCUGCUCCUGCCCCAGCAUCUCCGUGUCCCUCCCAUCCUGAGGAGCCCAGAACUGGGCACAGCACUCUGGGUGUGCCUCAGCAGGGCUGAGCAGAGGGGCAGGAGUCUUUUCUGGGAAGCAAUGUCCCAAGGUUUUGUGAAAUUCAGGGACUUUGCUGUUCAAAUCCAGGGUCAGUCCUGCAGAGUUGGGUUUGCUGGGAAGGCAGAAGAGUUUGUAACAUGAUUUUCCUCAAUCCCCGCUCUGGUGAAAUAAUGGAGCAUUCAGCUCUUAGCACUCACCUUCCCCCAGCUCCAUAAGCCCAUCCUCUGCUCUGGUACCUCCAUAGGAAAAAGGAGUUUGUGGAUAAAUAAAAUUAGAGUCAGAAUACUUGAGAACCACUCUCAGGUUUAUUCAUUAUUUCAGUGUUGUGGUGUUCCUUGCAUCCCAUUUCCAAUGCUGGCAGUGUAUCCCAUAAGGAUUUUUUUAUCACCUGUUACUGUUGAUUCUCUCUGAAUGCCUCAAAAGCAGCUUUGACUGCGUAACUUAGAAUUAAAAGUAUUUUUCUAGUCUGAUUUUUUUUAAAAAGAUAUCUGUCAAAUCCAUGCACGCUGGAGCUGGAACCCUUCCCUUUUUCUUGGCAGCUUUCUGGGAGAGUGCUGAAGCCUAAAGAAAAUGAGUGGUGAAUGCUGUUCUUGCUGGGAAUUGUGUCUAGUUGUACAGGAUUGUUCACAUGAGACUGUGUUUUAUUCAUUAAUUUUUUUCAAAUGUGGUCAUUUUGUGCAUCAAGCUACACUCAUAGUACUGUACAGGCUGAGUAAUUAAAGGGGAAUCUUUUUUUCCAUUGUGAGGGUGGGAAUGGGGAUCAGAAGAGAAGAAGAAGGCCAUGAUGGAACUGGUUCCAGUAGGGACAGAUCCUCCCUGAAGCAAAGGACCUGCUUAGAAAAGUAACUGGAGCUGUUCCUGCUUUCAGACCUCAUCCAUGCUUUGCAGAGGAUUCUCCUGAGUUUGUGGAAGGUCUGGGAUGCUCUGGAAAGCCUGUGGCCUUCCCAGUGAGACAGUCCUUGGUGUUUUAGUGGCAGUCGCUGGAAUUUGAGGGUUUGGCUUCACAGCCUGAGUGAGGAGUCAGAGAUGCCGAGCGUGUCAUAGUGAGAAACUGUGAACAGAACUUAAUUAUGUUUUAGUGCUUAAUUCUAUCUUAGGGCCGUGGUCACUCUCCCUUUAGUGCUCUUGCAGUAGUUGGUGGAUUCCUCACCAUUUUUAAUUCUUCUGGAAGUGGAAGGAAAUUUCUCCAAGACCAUCAUGUUUCUGUUCUUCCAUCCCACAUUCUUGACACUUUUAUUGUGGUUGGAGAACCCUUGGUAGGGAUGUGGCUGUGGCAUUUAAAUCCAUUUUUGGCCUGCUAGGAAAACUGACCUGACUCUUCCUCCUCCUUUCCUCAGUUUUUCACCCUCCUGUGAGUCCUUGGCUCCUCAUUUUCAAUUUAUCUGCGCAGUUGCAGGUGCACAAAUAAAUACAGCUUGGAAGGAAAACAUAACCCAGGGCUGCAAUGUCUUUUGACAGAUUUUUCUCAUUAUUCUGGGUUUUCUGAGCACUGGUCACAGGUCUGCACACUCAGUGUUGUGAGGUGAAAGGACAAAUGUAGAAGGUAAGGCUGGUUCUGGGGGUGGGGGGUGGAGAGGGGGUAGUUUCUAGGAUGGGGUCACAGUGGCUCUGUGAACUGUGUCCCACUGGGUGCAGUGGGCAUGGAUCUUGGAACAGCAGUGGAGUGACCCUGGACAGGCAGCAGAGACAGAUCUUCACUGUCUGUGCUGCUCAGCGUUCAUUUAUUGGCAGCAGAACAAAAACAGGAGCUGCUUGGACACCCAAACACCAGGAAAAAAACCCCAAUGUCUGUCCAGAUUCCCUCACUGGGGGAAUAUUUAUGUUUUCCUGGUGGGCAAGCCAGUCUCCAAGUCACCUGAAAUCUUUCCUGCUGCUGUCCUGGGGAUUUAGGGAUAGGAAUGGCUCUUGGAUCCACCAUGGAGAGCCCUUGGAAGGCAGCACAGCUGUAGGAAAAGCCUCUCCCACAGCGAGCCCUGUGUGAUGGAGGGUGAUGUUUACCUUAAAAACUGUGUGAGCAGCUGUUCAACUUCUGGGUAUAGUUGUAAAAUUGGUCUUUUUAUACGCCGUGUGAAAUGGACUGGAAUAAUUUCUUUUGCUGUUGUACCUGUGGAAGUACAAGCCAUUUUACAGUAAAAAAAAAAUUAUAAAACAAAUUAAAAUAUUAUCUCAGUA